AUGCAAGCGUCACAGAAAACAAAACAGGCGCAAAAAAGGAAUAGGGGUGAUAAAAAUGUAAAACGAUUACCAAUAACCAGACGAGGAAGACCAGAGAUAAAUCAGUUGUAUGUGUUUUCUUGGAACCACAAAAACGAAGAAACCGAACUUUAUUUCAGCACCCCAUCGUUCUUUUCGUAUGCCCGAUUCACAUUCCUGUGGAUGACGAUGGUUGCUCUCGAUGCAUUAACUGGCUUCCGUUUCGAACUGUUGUGGCCGGCGUGGCUUAUGAUCAGAGCAGCUGUGGAAUCGCUUCAGACUAGAAAUCAGCACUGUGUCACCACAAUCGCCAAUCCAUCAGCGGUGAGAUUUUCAAUAUUAUUUGUGUGCGUAACUGCCACUUCCGAUCUGAUAUGUUACCUGUUCAUACCGGUUCGAGUGUUGAUAUUUUGCGCCACAGUUUUUGUUUGGGUCAACUUUUUUUACCAUUCACAAGGCGGCUUUCUCAGAACAAUGGCUACUGUAUAUGGUGGAGAACGAUCACAAGCAGUGCCUAUCGUGGUGAUAACAUGUUGCAUUGUUCUAUUUGAACUAUUUAUAAGAAUUCGAAUUACAAUGUAUGAAUAUAUUUUAUUGUUCAGGAGUCAACCGCUGCUGCUCCACUUCUUGCCGAAUCGUAAGUUUCUUUUUUCGAAGUCAAUGACAUAUUCAAAACUACCGAUUUUCAGUGACAGAAUGGGCAGGGGUACCUCCAGUGUGGCCACGAAGUCUCAACGCUUUUUUCGGUGCACAUUCGAUAGGAUAUCCAGCGAUCAUGACAACAGUAUCACUACAUUAUUAUAUCAAGUAGACUAUAAUUACAUAUUCAAUCUGAUCAAUUAUAUUCUGACUUUCAGCGAAUGGCAGCUGCGUCGAACACAAGGAGAUGUAUCAAAUCGAAACGAGCAGUUGUUUCGGAUACUGGUGGAAAGUCUUCCUGCAGAAUACGAGGGUCCAAAAGAUUAUACGUCACAGCAGUGUCUAGAAGACGGCGAUCUAUACUAUCUGGAUCCGCCGGUUCAAACGUCGUCACAACCGAUGCAAGCGAUACAAGCAGCACCGAGUGCAACGCCGCCGACAACAUCAAAAAAGAAUGGGAUACACAAGAAAAAUGGCGAAGUGCAGUCGUCAUCAAAGAAGAAGAAGAACGGAAAUGCGUUCAAUUCGACACCGCCGAACGACAAGAAGAAGAACAAAUCGAUACGUGGAACCGAUGUGGACGACGUUGAUGAUUCAGAUGCAGACGAUUUUUCAUGGAGAGAUCAGUCUGGUAGUCAAGGACAACGACGAGGAGGAGGGCUUUCAAUUAUUCGGAUUAUUUUCACAACUGUUUGGUGGAUGAUUUCUGCUUUGUUCGUGAACUCUGGAGUACCUGACGGCCCAGUCAGCCAACCAGACGACGAGUACGAGGAAGAGGAAGUGGAAGUAGAAAAGAAGAACGGACGAACUGAUUCCUUAACAAAUUCAACGACACCAACAACGACAACGUCUACAACGAAAGGUCGAGCGAACACGAUGCCAUCUACAACGACACGGAAUCAUAAUAACAAUAAUAACAACAACCAUCAACAGAAACAACAGAAUCAUAAACAGUCGAACGGAAAAAGUCAUCAUCAUAAUCAUCAGAAUCAAAAGUCGAAUGGGAAUGCAAAUGGGCACGCGAGGUCAGGAGCAGUUCGAGACAGUUCACAUGAUACGAAUGCCAGUAACGAGAAUGACAUACGAAGUAGCAUGUCAAGAGAACUGGAAACAUUACGAGCUGAAAUUUCGUCACGGAGGAGUCUGGAAGAGGAUUAUAAGCUUCAAAUAUCCAUGCACGAAUCCAAUCACAAUAGAUUAUCUCAGCAGUUAUCAAAUAUGAAAUUAAAGGCAGAGCAGAUGGAAAUCAAAUAUUCGACAUUAGAAAAACAUCGGGAGUCUGAUAAAUCUCUACUUGAACAAUCGGAGAGAAAAUACUCGGAUUUACUCGGUAAAAAGGAAGAAAUCGAAUCGAUUUUGAGUGCUGAGAGAAAAGCCCGGCAGGAAACUGCAAGCAAAAAAUACGACGUGGCUGAACAUCAACGCGAACGAGAACGACAACUGGAAUCUGAAAUUGACAAGUUGAGAGCUGAACUGAAAUCGAAAGAAGAGUCAAAAAUGCGAAUGGAAUCAGAAUUGAACAGUUUGCGAAACUACAAGGAGGAGCAUGAUAUUGAGGCUAUCUCCAUGGAGCUUCGCAUCGUAAGAGACAAAUCAGUUCAAAUGGAAGAAUCACUGGCUGGAGAGAACAAACUGAAACAAAGUCUAUUCAAGUGUCUUGGAGAUGCUCGUGAUACCAUAAAAUCGUUGGAACGUCGAUGCGCUGAGCUUCAAACGAAGAAUGGAUCUGGAGGAAGCAGUGAGACGUUGAUGAAUGGACGUUCGUCAACUGAAGCUAAUAAUGAAAAUGAUACGACAGCCUCCGAUCAAUCUUCGCCUCAUCAGCACUCAGCCAUGGGAUCUCCAGUCCCAUUUGCCAAAAUGCCACUUACAGUAAACGUUUCGAACCGUCACGGAUCUCCAUUCAGUGAGAAACUAUCUCCAAUCGCAUCGAUUGGAUCAGUUAUCUCUGCAGCUGGCGGACCUGCUCCUCCUGAUUACAUGAUGGCUGUUGGUGCAUCUGCUGCGACAAUAGUUGCACAGAAACAGCCGGCGCCCGGCUUCUCCGGAAUAAGAUACAACGAAUUCACUCACAUGCCAACUGGAGGAGAACACCGCCUAUUUGAUACUCCAGCUCUCUCUGCUUCAUCACCGAACGGAACCGAUCCGGAAGAAGAUUUUCUUUCAAAUAUGGGAAAGUUCGGAGCUCCAGCACAACCAGCUGCUCGUCUUGCUUAG